GCAUCCUCUGUACAGCUACUGUCAUUUCCCUAUUUCUCGCUGUUUAUACACUACUACUUGAUCAUGGCAUCUAGCAAGACACCUGGGCAGGCCCCGGUCGAGUUUGUCACCAUGGGCAUGUUCAUUCUCGAUGACAUUGAUUUCGAAGGGCCACAACCAAAUGUGAAGAAUGUCCUGGGUGGUGCAGCCUCUUUCGCAGUGGUGGGCGCACGUCUGGUCACCGGAAAGAAGGACGCCCAGGCUGUGAGCUGGAUUGUGGACGUGGGGUCUGACUUCCCUCAAGAGGUCUUAGAUCUAUUGAAAUCGUGGGAUACAGAUUGUGUUUUCCGCGAGGACCAGAACCGAUUGACUACAAGAGCAUGGAAUGGCUAUGGGCCCAACGAGAAGCGAGACUUUGAAUAUUUGACUCCGAAACUACGCCUGGAGCCAUCAAUGCUGUCUGAACGUCAGGUAUUCUCCAAGACGGUCCACAUGGUUUGCUCAGCAUCUCGUUGCAUUUCCAUCGUGGAAGAGAUUAUGCAUCGGCGUGAGCAACUACGACAAGAUGACAAAGCACCCCCAGGGGUCGAUUCCUCGGAGAGGCCAUUCUUCAUUUGGGAACCGGUUCCUAACUUGUGUACCCCGGAGGAACAAGACAAAUUCUUUGCGGCGAACAAGGUCGUGGAUGUUGUAAGCCCCAACGAACUAGAGUUGGGAAUGAUGUUCGGUCAGCCUGGUUGGAGUGAAGAGAGCGAAUUCGGACGAGACAUUGUAAAACGCAUUCUGGACUUUGGAAUUGGGCCUCAAGGAGAGGGGCUGCUGUCCAUUCGGGCAGGCAAGGAUGGCAGCUACUCAUAUACUAGAUCGCAGAGGGUUUGGUUGCCCGCAUAUCACCAGCCGGGAUCGUCUGGAACUACAAAAGUGGUCGAUCCCACGGGUGCUGGCAAUUCAUACUUGGGAGCAUUGGCCCAGGGGAUGGUGAGUGCAGGUAGGGAUCCAGCCAAGGUCAUUGAGUCUACCCUUGCAGGGUCUGAGGACUGGCGCAAGGCUACCCAAGACUGGGGAAAGCAGAAUCACUAUCUCCCCGCGUUGAUAUUCGCUACUGUCGCAGCAAGUUUUGUGGUGGAACAGAUUGGCGUGCCACGAUUAUCAACAAUAUCUGACGGCGCAAAAGAACUUUGGAACGAAACUGAAUUCACGGAACGGGUCCGUCUGUACACAGAGCGAUUAUAUCGAACACUGGAGGAGUCCCCGCAGAGACACCUGCGUGGUCAAUUGACCAACUGAUAGAAGAACGCCUUUUCUAUUGUCGUACAGCCCACAAUGAAUUAUGAAAACAGAAACAGCCAGCCAUUUCAUCAUAGAAUCCCUUUCACGGAUUUUCCCUUUGCUUCGUAUUCUCCGGACCCGGAUAUCGUUCUAUGACUCGUUCUUCUGCUGUCUCUCGUGUUCGAUAAUUUGCUUGCUCCAGUAGCGACUGGGAAAGAAUCUGCCGGGCUCG